AUGUCUCGAUCGGGACAUGACACCAUUUUUUGCUCUCUUGCGUUGCGUACAUAGUAAGACUUGGAAGUUCCAACAUAAAGCAUUCCAUGACUAGCUACUUGAUGAAUCCCACAACAGAACAGGUUUCUAUGAAUCAUCCGUACGCACGUGGACCAAAAGAGUGACCAUCAUGAACGAUCGAGCAGGAAUUGCAAUGGAUUCAUGUAUACAUACACGAACACGAUGUUGCUUGCUUGAUUGAAGAACUCAAAGCGCGAUAAAAGGUUGUUACAAUUAUUUGAUCAGGAUUAAGAUCGAUCUCUUGUCAUUGCAAGCUCUAAUAUACAAUAUCAAGAAACCAGUCGAGGUUACGUUCCAAAAACUUUAUAUUCAAAACCUAUAAUUUUAAUAACUCAAAUGGUUGUGGGAAGUUUUAGAAUACAUCUUAUAUCAUUAAUUAACUCCGAAUUUGAUUACUACCUAUAUAUAUAUAAGAGUUGAUUUAUUUAGAUAGGACGGACGUACAAUUAGAAGGAACAUAGUAUCGAGUUCAAAAGCAAGGGAAGCCCACAAAAGGAUCAAUGUUCAUUGAAUAAUUGUGCAUGGUCGGCGGCUUCAUUUUGCGGCCCAUGAGUCAGGAAGAUGACCUUUCCCCGUUUCUUCAUGUAACUAUACAAAAAUCCCAAUUCCUUAAUUAUUCGAUUGCUUAGGAAAGAGAAGUGAGGUUGGGACUUGGGGAGGUGACCAUAUCAUGUGUAAGAAGAACAAAACACAAACAUUUGCAAUAGGCGAGAUAUAUAUAUAUAUGGGUCUUGGGUAUUAUCAUGUAUGAAUUACUGCGCUGAGAGAUAUUUAAAAUAAGAUCUUAUGUGAUCAUGUUAAAUAUCUUGUCAUGAGCUCAAAUAUACAAUCAACUCAUGAUAUUGAAAUUUGUUUUAGGAAAAUCAACCUCUUAUCAAAUACUUUAAUAAUUGAUUGAUUCCACUCAUACACAACAAACUAACAAUGAACCAGCAAAUCUCAACCUUGAGGAUUUGAGUUAAUUUCCACCUUCAAAAGAAGAGAGUAAAAUAAUGCAAUGGGAGGCAUUGGAAAAUUUGAUGGACCGACAGAGGAUAACAAUGUUGCCGUUAAUAGAGGCGACAGCCUCUUUGAUUCCCCACUUGACAUCCUCGUCUCUCUCUCUCUCUCUCUCUCUCUCUCUCUCUCUAUAUAUAUAUAUAUAUAUAUAUAUAUAUAUAAAAUAUGCCACCACUUUGUAGUUCACACUUGCUCCUCGAUCUACUCAAGACUGCAAGUAGGAAGGAGGGUGUAUACGUAUAUGGUUGUAGGAACAUCAAACCAACUAGCUAGUGCCCUCUCCUCCCUAGCUACUUCCAUAUUAUAUAUAAAAACUUCCAUACACAACUCUCUCCAAGUUCGAUCUCCAUAUAUAAUAUAGCUGCGCUUCUUCGUUACCAAGAAAGAAAGAAAAAAAAUGCAUGGAUGCUCAUGAAUGAUCAUCACUUCCAAUUACCAAACACUUCCCUGAACUUUAGCCUUCAUCACCAGCCAAUGGAGCAUCUUGAUCACGACCGUCAUGACUACUAUGGCGGCCAGGUAGUGAACCUUGACCUCGUCCUCGACCCUCAUAAUAACUUGACCUCAUCUUCCUCUUGGUCGCCACGAGCUCAUCAUCACGAGGCGCGGGUGUUCUCUUGCAACUACUGCCAGCGUAAGUUCUACAGCUCGCAGGCCCUGGGCGGCCACCAGAACGCCCACAAGCUGGAGCGCACCCUCGCCAAGAAGACUCGACGACACAUCAUCACCACCACCACCUCAUCAACCACCGCGGCUCGAGCGGCUCAUCAUUUUGCUGGAGCCAGGAGGGGAGCUAAUAAUUAUCACAGUUCGAGAGAGGCGGUGGAGGGCAUGCAGCUGAGAGAAGAACAUUACAAAGAAGAUCAAGAAGGGAACUUUGCGGAUGAUCGUGAUCGAAAUUCGUGGUACGUGUCGAUGGGGUACAGAGAGAGUCAUGUUGAGGAAGAGUUCAGCACCCAGCUCGACUUGUCCUUGAGACUUUAAUUAAACACAUGCAUAUAUAUAUAGUGUUACUACCAGUGCAUGAGGAACUAAUUUCUUCUUCUUCUUCUUCUUCUUUCCCCCCCUUUUUUUGCAAGUUUAUGAUUAAUUUGAUCAUCGGUAGAAUCAAAUUGAUCGAUAGAUUGUAUUGUUAUAUGUGUUUCUUAACGAUGAUACAAAAAAGAGUUGAAUAUAUAAUACGUUUCAACUUACCGUGUAGGGUUCUAGCUAGUUUCAUAUAGAGAUGUUAUGUUUGUUUGUAGUUCGGUCGAAAAUGCGACUUGUAACAGGAAAUUAGUUAGCCUUGGUGUGAAUGUGUCCUGAUUCUUGCCGGAAGAUGAGUGGACAGUAGUUGAGUUUGUAACUGAUGGCCGGUUUCAUAAAUUGGUCAUCAUCAUUCAAACUUGUUCCAUUGAACGACACGUUUGGUUACUUUGUCAAAGAAACCGUUUUACCAACGGAUCAACGUACUAGAAUAAUAGCAACAAAUUUCCUAAGGAAAAACCAAUGUAAUAUGAGUAAAUGGUACACAUAACACAAUAUAAGAUUGAACAAUUAAUCACAUAGCUAGCUUUUUUAUCGAAUUAUUGGUACGGACCGAUUCUUCAUAUGAUAUCAAACAAUUAUUGAUGGUCGAGAGAGAUAUGAUCAACUUUACGUGUUUGAAUUAUUAAAACCUAAUUUUCAAAGCCAGUGGGCGGGCAGGUAGGCAGACUUUCGUUGAAACCGCUCCCAACCACUUUUCGUUGAUUUCACCAAGCAGGGUCGUUUUACAGAUUACUUAAGAACAAACAUACUUUUUCAACGCAUGAGUUGUGUUGUACGCAUCGAUCCUUCAUCUUAUCUCGUACUUUCACACUUAAGUAAACACGAUUUGACCAAACAUGGUUAUCUCUUUAAGAAAGUGACCCCUCUAUAUGUUAACUCUUUAGCUAGUAGCAAUUACAACUUGAAAAACUUGAUGUAAACUACUCUAGCUAGCCAGCAAGCCCGCAAUUAAUAUAACAACACACUAUAGGACUGUCCUAACUUGUAGCUAUAGGUUACUAAUUAACUUGUUAUCUGAAUUGGGGCAAGCCAGGGGGAUGACCCCAUGGAGAUAAUGUUUCCACUCCCACUUCCAACAUUCUUUUCCUCCAUGAUUUGAUCUCUCUUAUGUUAUUAUGAUGAUGACGACGACGACGACGAGAGUUUUCAUUAGGAAGAGAAAAAGAAGAGAGAGUUGGGUUUGGUUGGGUACUUGCUUGCUUAGUUCAAUGACACAAGGAUUAGGCAAAGUUCCCAUCACGUAAUAACCAAAUGGACAAAGCCAAGGUCCCACCAAAAACGUCCUUUCCUUGUUGUUGCUGAGAGUACUAAUGCUUUUUCUUAGCUCGGGUGAUGUAUACUUGAUUUUGAUUAGCCAUCAAGUACAUGCACUUAAAACUCAUGUUUAGUACUUAUAUUGAUGAACCCCACAUUUAUUUACACCAAUGAGUGAAUUUAGUAAAUUGUUAAAGAUUCA